AUAUUGGUCACUUGAUCGAUUGUUACAACCCUAAAGUCCUUUGAUUGUUUUGUUUCUUUCGUAAAAAAAUUAAAUAAUUAAUAAUGUGGCCUGUUAUUAUGGCUUUGCUUCGCAGAAAUGCGGUCUACAUAACGUUACCCUUUGCCGGUGUUGUGGGUUUCAUUGGUUACAACCUGGAAAGUCUACUCUCGGAUAAAUAUACACCAUACAGCAAAUCUAUCCAAGAAAUACGUGCCGAACGCCUGGCAGAGGAUAUAGCAGAUGCCAAUGCAGCUCAAGUAGACAAAUUACGUCUAAAGGAAAAUGUGCUAGAAAGAAACCUAUCGCCGUCGCUGCAAAAGAAAAUCUAAUCAAAUUGUGAUAUAAAAUACACCAUUUUCCAAGUAGUCUGAGAUAGAAACAUGUGUCGAUUGUUCUUGUUAUUAAGUAAUUAAAUAGAAGCGUUUUUAAAGCCCGACCAAA